UGGCUCACCGGUAAGCGUUUUUACUCAAAUGAGGAGCUCAUGGAAGGGUGUUUUUAUAUUUUUCAAAUUAUGAUGAAGAAGAGUUUUAUAAAAUGACGCAGAUGACAGUGAAUCAAUUUCAAAAACUUUAUAAAAUUGUAGGACCUCGACUAGUGAAAACUAGUCUGAGACGACCAUUGCCAUCGGAGCUUCUACUAGCUCUCACAAUGACACUCGGUUAGUGGUGAAUCUUCAUUUCAAAAUACCGAUUUAUUUCAAACUCUGGAAACUGGUGAAGCUGACAUUCCCGGCAAUGGUAUUCUUCCGCGCUCUAAUAUUCCUUUGCCACACUUCUUCAUAGGGGAUGAAAUUUUUACAAGAAGAAUGUAUAUGAUGAAAACUUUUGCUAGGCGCAAUGGCCUUACGGACAGACAAAAGGCCUUCAAUUAUAGGUUAUCUAGAGCCCGAAAUUUUAUUGAAGACAGUUUUGGAAUACUAACAGCGAGAUGGCAAAUUCUCCAAAAUCGAUUGGAUUAUAAAUUGGAAACUUCAAUAUCCAUAGUGCGUGCACUUGUAUGUCUGCAUAGCUUUAUCAUCGCUGAUGAACUCCCGCAACGUGAGCGUAAUAGGCUAAAUGGUGUUCCUACUGCCCGCGGCAGAUACAGAGAGGACCUAGUCGAGAAUGAAAUCAUCGACGAGGAAGUGAAUAUUCCUGCCGACGUUGAAGAACAAAGCGAAACAUUGGCGGAUUAUUUUACGUUGCCGGAAGGUGGACUUCGUUAAAAUCUUCCAACCAAUAACUUCUCAUUAUGAGAAUGUAAAAAAUAUCGUUAUGGUCUUUUUUGCAAACGAUAACAU